AUGUUGACAUACGCCGCGGUGCCGUAUCACUCGCAUCGGACGCCUGUCGCCUCUUGUGGCUCCGCGUACUUGGAAGAGAAUGAGAUAACGAGGCUUCCCCCCGGAACUCCACUGUGGAAGGAAGGUGUCCCGCACGUCAAGCCUGCGAUGAAGGCCCGCACCUCGCCAUGUGCCGUGUCCGUGGCAGUGCCAGCUGGCAUUGCCAAUCAAAGCUUGGUGCCUCGACGUACAGCCAAGGCAAAAACACGUGCGCGGAGCAGUAGCUUGUCCGAAAGCGCGGAGGCCACAUUGAGACGGAUCUUCCAGUCAGUGGAUGUCAACGGCGACGGCCGCAUCAACAAGCGUGAGAUGAUCAAAUUCUGUCGCGCAAGUCCAGAGCUUGCUGCAUCUUUGGGCUUUCCCACUGGUGUCAAGCAGGAGGGCGGCACGAGGGAUUUGCUCGAAGCAAGGUUUCAGGCCAUGGACCGGGAUGACAAUCGAGAAGUGACCUGGGAGGAGUUUUUUGAUUUCUUCAGCGCGGAGAUGGAGCAGGCUGCACAGGAGGGCGUUAUUCCAGGUGUGGUCGCUGCGCAGCGAUCGGUAGAUGGGCUUUCUUGGCAGCCAGAGAGGCAGAACGUGAGCAGCAGCCACCAUAGCAACAAGUCAGCCGGCCAAGGUAGCCCAAAGGCUCAAAGCUGGAUGCGGGACCUCCGUCAGGAGGAGAGGACACAGCAAGAGCUGAUGCAGGACUCCAAAGGCGUGUCCAACAGCUUGAAUAGGGCAGAUCAGGCUGAGCAGGAGCGGAUUCAAGCGCAGGAGGAGGCUUUCGAGAAAGAGUUCGAGCAAAAACACAAGGCAUGGGAAGAACUGCAGGAGAGAGCUAAAGAUGACGAGGCAGAAGCCAGGCAGGCGAUAAUGGAAGCGGCGGAGAAGCUGCUCCAGGACUUGUCCGAUAACCCUUUCGAAUUAAUCCCACGACCUUCGGAAGUGUCGGUUGUGGAGCAGGUCGCAUCGUUGUUGCAAGCAGCUGCAGACACGGAGCUGGCAGAUUAUUCAAGGGCCCUCCGCCUUCUGCACAAAGAGUCUGCGCGCAACCUCGAGCGUUUCAAGUUCCACCUUCGAAUGCAGAUUGACGGAUUUGAUGCCGAUGUCCCAAGCACGGAAAGCAUGCUGUCGGUGGAGUCGGUCAAGGCAGAAGCUUCGUCCCAGUGUCAUGGGUCGCACUUAUGA